AUGGAUUCCUCCUCGCUGUCUCUCUUGGAUCACUGGCUGGAGGGGGUGGAGAGGGACCAGCUGCCACAAAGAAUACACCCAGCAACCCUAGAGAGAGCUUCACCUGAAAUAAAACAUCCCGCCCCGCCGCCUCGCCUCCGCAGGAUCCCGGCCGGACGCGUCCCGCCCCCGUCGUCUCUGGCGCCCUGCGGCGGUGGCGGCGGCGGCGGCGGCGGCAGGGAGGCCGAGAACACGGCGGCCGCGCUCGCCUUUCAGCACCUCAACACGGACUCGGACACGGAAGGUUUUCUUCUUGGGGAAAUGAAAGGUGAAGCCAAGAAUAACAUUACAGAUUCCCAAAUGGAUGAUGUUAAAGUUGUUUAUACAAUUGACAUUCAGAAAUAUAUUCCAUGCUAUCAGCUUUUUAGCUUUUAUAAUUCUUCAGGUGAAGUAAAUGAGGAAGCACUAAAGAAAAUAUUUUCAAAUGUCAAAAAGACUGUGGUGGUUUGGUACAAAUUCCACCGUCAUUCAGAUCAGAUCACGACAUUUAGAGAGAGGCUGCUUCACAAAAACUUACAAAACCAUUUCUCACGUCAAGAACUUGUUUUUCUGCUGUUAACACCAAGUAUAGUAACAGAAAGCUGCUCUACUCAUCGGCUGGAACAUGCCUUAUAUAAACUUCAGAAAGGACUUUUUCAUAGGGUACCAUUAGUGGUCACCAAUCUGGGCAUGUCUGAACAACCGGGCUAUAAAACUGCAUCAGGUUCCUGCACAUCCGCUGGCUUUAGCCGAGCAGUAGAAACACAGAGUACAUGUGAAAAAGUGGAACACAGUGAGGAAGCAAUAGAAAAACUACUAGACGAUAUAAGCCGAUUAAAACGAGAAAUUAAAAAAAGGAAACAAGCACGGACUCAAGCAGAACGAGAGAAGAAUGUCCCAAAAGACUUCCUCUCGGAGAACGCUUUUCUUUGUCAAGCUUUACGGAUGUUUUUUCCGGAUUGUGCAUUUCUUCGUUCAUUUGUUAUGUCCUUGAAAACCAGGUGUAUUUCUAAAAGUAGCUGUACCAGCAGCCACCAUCUUGCUGUGGUAGACAACCUGACCCUAAUGGUAGAAUAUACUGACAUUCCUGAAGCUAGUCCAGCUAGGGCGCCACAAACAAUUAAGCGCAAAUCUUUAGAAAAGACAGGUGGUAGAUGGCAAUUCAAGAAAUCACGGCUGUCAGAGAUAGAAAACAAACCACCUAAAACAGACACCGAUAGUAGUAACCAAGAAAAAACAUCAACAAUAAGCAGCCCAGAAACAGAUGAAGAGAUUGAGAACAUGAAGGGUUCAGGUGAAUAUUCAGUCUCCUACAUUUUGAUCCUUUUAACCCAAAAGGAGAUUUUUGAUGUGGCUGAAGGAUAA